AUGCGAGUUGAAGACAUGAUCCCCAUCAAUGAUUCUAUGCCUGAAGAACAGCUUAUGGCAAUCAUGAUCUUGAAGGAGAGUUUUGAUGAGAAAGCCAGGCUGGAAGAAGUUAAGGCUCUGCGUGAUGAGAAUUUGCCAUGGCAUUACUAUUGGGAUGAGCCCUACCUGUACAAGAGAGGACCAGACAGCAUUUACAGGAGAUGCAUUGCUGAAGAGGAUGUGCAAGGAGUUCUAGAGCAUUGCCAUGGGUCAGUUUACGGAGGUCACUUUGCUACAUUCAAAACAGCAACUAAGGUUUUGCAAUCGGGUUUAUGGUGGCCUACUUUGUUUAAGGAUGCAGCAGACUACAUUGCCAAGUGUGAUCCGUGCCAAAGGAAAGGAGGGAUCACCAAGAGGGACGAGAUGCCACUAAACCCAAUUCUAGAGACUAUGUAUCCAAAUGGAUUGAAGCCAUUCCCUGCCCAACCUGUGACGCCAAGGUGGUUGUCAAGCUUUUCAGAACCAUCAUCUUUCCAAGUUGAUGAGAAGCCAUGGAGUCAACACAAGGUCGCCACGCCUUAUCACCCUCAAACCAGUGGGCAAGUUGAAGUCUCCAACAGACAGAUCAAGGCCAUAUUGGAGAAGACUGUGAGCUUCACUAGGAAAGACUGGGCAGCAAGGCUUGAUGAGGCACUUUGGGCUUAUAGGACAGCCUACAAAACCCCCAUUGGAAGGUCUCCUUUCAAUUUGCUGUAUGGGAAGGACUGCCACUUACCUGUGGAGGUCGAAUAUAAGGCUUUAUGGGCAGUAAAGAUGCUGAACUUUGAUAUAAAGGCAGCACAAGAAAGGAGGGUAAUGAACUUGUUUGAGCUGGAGGAGAUAAGAAUGAAUGCCUAUGAGAACUCUAGGAUUUACAAGAUGAGAACCAAGGCAGCCCACGACAAACUGAUUCGCCUUAAGGACUUCAAGGUUGGGGACAGUGUGCUCUUGUAUAACUCCAAGCUAAGGUUGUUUCCCGGGAAGCUGAGGUCAAAGUGGGCGGGACCAUUCAAGAUUCACGAAGUUCUACCCUAUGGGUCCCUCACUUUGCUCAAUCAAGAGGGGAAGGAAUUCACAGUGAAUGGACAUAGAUGCAAGCCAUAUCUAGGAAUGACCCCCACAGAGGAGAUCAUCACUCCUCUAGAAGAUCCAACCCCGGCCUAA